CAGGACCAGAUCCAGGACCAGUGUCAGGACCAGAGUCAGAACCAGAUCCAGGACCAGAUCCAGGACCAGAUCCAGGAUCAGAGUCAGAACCAGAUCCAGGACCAGAUCCAAGACCAGAUCCAGGACCAGAUCCAGGACCAGUGUCAGGAUGGGGUGUAACAUGUGUGUGGUGAACCGGCCGGAGCAACAGUACAAGGUCAUGUUCCAGAAGGGCUACAUAAACGGGACACUGAGACCUAUUGAUGGAAAUUGCAACAAGGUCAAAGGAAGGAGACCAUCUCAACAGCCCCAGGAGAGAAAUACUCCAAACUCCAACUCCCAGGAUCCUUUGCUGCUGCAGGUAGUGGGGUGUAGAGGCUACCGGAGGAACGGUGGCGCCUUGGGGCCAGGGGGUACCCUGGGUAACGUAAGCACCAUGGGGCUGGUGUCCAUCCCAGACUGUGUGGAUAACUGCACUCAGACUGACAUUAGCUUCCAGAAUAUUCUGACCGUGGGGAGGUCAACCCACUACCACCCCCACGGCGGCUGCUCACCCACGCAACCACCACCCUCUCCACCACUGCCUCACCUCAUGGACCCUUAUCUACUGAAUGAGUUCUGUACCUACGAUCACGAGUACAACGAUCCCAACGACUACUUUGACAUAGCUCACCACGAAGUGGACAGGCAGGAGGAACUGGAGUACGAGGAGGUGGAGCUGUAUAAGUCCAGUCAACAGGACAAGCUGGGGUUGACAGUGUGUUACUGUACAGAUGAUGAGGAGGACCUGGGAAUAUAUGUAGGAGAGGUCAAUCCCAACAGUAUAGCAGCAAAGAACGGACGUAUCCGUGAAGGAGACAGAAUUCUGCAGAUAAAUGGUAUUGAUAUCCAGAACAGAGAAGAGGCGGUGGCCAUUUUGACCAGAGAGGACAGCAUCAACUUCUCACUGCUGCUGGCCAGACCUGACAUAGAGAAUGAGCACCAGGGGGACCCAGAGGAGGUGGAUAUGGAGAUACCUAUCGGCAUGAAUGUUGAGGCUCUCCACACCUGCCACCUGCCCAGCCUCUACCGAGAGGGGCCACACACCCCCACCCACAUCCUUAGUCUGACUACUCUCAGUAACAGUCAGGAGCUGGACAGUGGCGUGGGCCGUACAGACGAAAGCACCCACAACGCUGAGUCCUCUGAACAUGACCUGCUUGGAGAGGACCAGGACCAGACCAGCGCCCCAAACACCAACACAACCAACACCCCAGGCAGCAUGAGGAAGUUCAGACCUGGGAAUACACCCUCGUCCCCAUUGCCCCACCUCCAAGAGAUCCACCUCACUUAUGACUCCCAGCCCAGGGUGGGGCUGUAUGGAGGAAAGGGACUGGGAGGGGGUUUGGGGACGGGGUUGGGGUUGGGGUUGGGGGGGUACGUACCCGACCCACUGAUGACGAUGAUGAUGCCGGGUCUGACUGAGGAAGAGUGCGAGAGGUACAGGGAGCUACUGGAGAUCAGGUGUCAGUUUGAAAGAAACAGGAAGCUUGCUGAGAGAAGCCAGGGAGGAAGAUUGGGGACUGAGGAGGAUGAGGAGAAGUGUGAGAUAUGUGAUGAUGAAGGGGGGAGUGACCCAAAAGUCGAUGUAAACUGCAACGAGAGCAUGACGCAACACGAGAUGGCGUUGUUAGAGGAGGAACUACGUCAUCUCGAGUUUAAGUGUCGUAACAUCCUGAGGGUGCAAAAGAUGCAACAGCUGAGAGAACGAUGCAUGAAGGCGUGGCUUCUGGAGGAGGACGUCGUUGGCCGUGGAGCCUUACCCACUGGUCCUGAAUCCGCCCCCGACCACGACACAGACCCAGAGCCCGCCAACGAGCUCCACCGCGAGCUAUCGGACAUCAAUGAGCUCCCUGAGCGGGAGAGAUCCGACCCAGACCCAGACCCAGACCAGGACAAAGACAGCACCAGCGCCUACAACACAGGGGGAGAGAGUUGCAGGAGCACCCCUCUGGUUAGCACCAAGUUACUCCCUCUGUCUUUGUCCAUCCAGGAAGAGGGUAGAGGAGGGGACAUCCCCAACAGACACAGCCGAGACCGGGCUGACAAGGUCGGGUCUAGGCGGGGAUGGGAGAGAGGAGGACAUGGUAGUCCGAAUGGUUCCUUCUCUCCCAACAGCUACAGGAAGUACCAGAUCCAAAUGACCAACGCCAGCACAAGCCCCGUCCAUCCUAAAUUCUGGUCUCUGACCCGGGGGGAUGACGUUGUCGGGGUGGGGUCGUCAUCACAGAGGGGGAUAGCUGACGGCGGAACAACCACAACACCCCGACGGAAGUCCCCCAGAGCUAACCCCACACACCACGACAGGUCAGGGGGUCGAACCGCAGAGUCCAGCCCAUACUUCACACGGCGUCGCCAAGGCAACAAGUCUCCGGCACCGGAACGCUACCAGAGCUGCGUGCAGCUGCCGUCGAGCGACCCGGAGGUCCGGAUCGAAUCCCUGGACUAUGUAGACCGAGCCAUGGUCCUGGGGAUGGGUCUAGGCGAGAGAGGGGCUGCAGCGGGCAGCAGUGGUCAGGCCAGUCCCAGGAGUGUAAGUGGUGCCCCAGCAGACAACACCAAGGCCCAGGACAGCCACGCAGGCCUCCCCCUACACCUCCCUCUGCAGCUAGGGCCGGCUUCACCUCGCAUGGAGUGGAAGGUGAAGAUCCGUAGCGACUGGACACGCUACGUUGCCAAGCGACCAGUGAGGGACCGCCUCCUUAAAGCCCGGGCCAAUAAGAUCCGAGAAGAGCGCAGCGGCAUGACGACAGACGACGACUCGGUCAGCGAGAUGAAGCAGGGACGUUAUUGGUCGAAGGAGGAGCGUAAACAACAGCUGCUGAGGGCCAGGGAGCACCGGCAGCGCCGUGAGUUCAUGAUGCAGAGCCGGCUGGAAUACCUGAAGGGGGACAGAGAGCCACACGGGGGAACUACGGACGGGAAGGCUGCAGGAGGACCUCCAGGCCUGCAGGGAGAGACGGGUGGUAGUCCCAGUAUCCUGGCCCUCAGCCAGAAGAAGUUCAUGAAGAAGAGGAACAAGAGGAUCCUGGAUAACUGGAUCACCAUCCAGGAACUACUCGCUCAUGGAUCCAGGUCACCGGAUGGAAAGAAGGUGUAUAAUUCUCUUCUCUCUGUUACUACGGUGUGAUGGAGGGAUGGGAGGAUGAGAGGAGAGGAGAGGUUCUACAACCCCCAGCUCUGUUACUACGGUGUGAUGGAGGGAUGGGAGGAUGAGAGGAGAGGAGAGGGUCUACAACCCCCAGCUCUGUUACUACGGUGUGAUGAGGAGAGGGAGAAGGAUGUAAAAUAAAUCCAACCCAAGAGGAGAUGCAGGACAACAAACAGAAAGAGUUUACAUAAUAUGGACAGAGAGAGGAACAGAAUUGGCAGCUAAAUGGUAGAAUUGAAUGAGAAAUAACAUUGUUUAAAGAGGACUAAAGAAGACCGAGCGGGAAGAGAGAGAGAUUUACACUGUAAAUCAUGUACGCAUUGUAAACAUACUGUAGGUCAACAUGUGAUUCAUCCACAGGAAGUGAAUUAAUUACUAGAGAUGGAGGGAUAUAAAGAUGACUAUCAUGCUAUUUAUAUACGAUUUUUAGUCGUCCUGGCGAUAGUAUGGAAUAAACACAGUUUUUUCAGCUUAUAGAAUGUGUACAGUGCAGAGCUUCAUAUUUUAGCUGCUUUCUGUUUUAAUUAAGUAUUUAUUUAAUACGUUUUCUUUUUUUUAAUGAAUCCCAGAAACCCAUUUUACUGAUGUAUAUAAAGAGAAAACGGUGUGAAAUUAUAUAGUCUUAUUAGGAGAGGAAAACCAAGCGAGAUAUAACCACAUCAUACCAUGUCAGGAAGACUGUAAUUCAUUAGUGGUUACACACAUGACCAAACCUCAUCUCUGAGUAAAUGACUAGAGAUUUGGAAGCGAGAGAGCAGAUAGGAGGAGAUGAGGAGGAGAUGAGGAGAUGAGUGAGUGAGAGGAGAGGAGGAGAUGAGCAAGAGGAGGAGAUGAGCGAGAGAUG